UCAGAUUUGUGACAGUUGUUCCGUCACAACACUGUAGCGUUAGCAGUGUGACAAAACACAGCUGAGAAAGAAACGAAGAAGAAGAAGAAGACGACGACCAAGCUCCAUAACGAUCGUCACCUUCUCUCUCUGCCAUCUUCCUUCUCUCACUAGUCUCUGUCUACAACCUCUAUAUACUCUUUUGCUUCUAUCCGAUUGUAUCCAGAUUCACGACAAUGCCGCCGCCGCCGCACCACCGCCUCCUCACGCCGCUGCUCGCCGCCGCCUCCGCGCUGGCGCUUAUCUUCGCAUCCGUCGUUCUCUACCGGAAGAUCACCCGCAAGAGGACCGUUCCGGCAGAUCUGAUGAAGCCUCCGUUUCCGCCGCAGCGCUUCUCCUACUCGCUCCUCCGCGCCUCCACCGACUCGUUCGCCGCUGCCAACCGCCUCGGCCAGGGCGGCUUCGGCUCCGUCUUCAAAGGCAUCCUCCCCUCCGGCCAGGAAAUCGCGGUCAAGCUCAUGAGCGAGGCCUCCAUCCAGGGCGACCGCGAGUUCCAGAACGAGCUCUCCCUCGCCUCGCGCAUCGACGCCGCCUGCUGCCCUAACGUCGUCUGCGCGCUCGGAUUCUCCACCUCCGACGCCGCCGCAUCCUGCGGUUUUCUUCAAUUCGUCCGCCGGAAAAAGAGGAGAGAGAAGAAGCUAGUCCUCGUGUACGAGUACAUGCAGAACGGAAGCUUGCAGGAUGCGCUGCUGGAUCGGAAAUGCGCGGAGCUCAUGAAUUGGGGGAAACGGUUUUCGAUUAUACUUUCAAUCGCAAAAGGCCUCGAUUAUCUGCAUUUCUCCUGCGAUCCGCCUAUCAUUCACGGCGAUAUCAAGCCUUCCAACAUACUGCUCGACUCCAAUUUCGACGCGAAGAUCGCCGAUUUCGGAUUGGCGCAGGUGCUGAGCAAAUCGGAGGAGAUGUUCGUCGAGGAGGAUGAGGACGAGGAGAAGAAGAUUCAUAAGAAAGGCGAUGAUUACUGCUCGAUAAUCGAGGAAAACGAGAGUUUCGUGACGGAGGAUGCCGUGGUUGUGAAUGUGGAGCAAUCGCCGGAUUCCUAUUGUGUGAGGAUAAUUGAUGCUGCGGCGUCCCCAUCUGAGCUUGUGGAGAAGGAGGGCAGUGUUUCGGAAGGGAUUUUAGAUCGGAUUAGUGUUGAGAGUGGAAACAGAAAAGGAGCAAUUGGAGCAGGCAAGAGUGACGCCGCCGGAGAUUGGUGGUGGAAGCAGGAAAAUGUGGGCGGUUUAUCGGAUUCCGGCAGGGUAAAGGACUACGUAAUGGAGUGGAUUGGGAGCGAGAUCAGUAAGGAGAGGCCAAAGAAGGAGUGGAUCAGGUCGAAAAGCUCGAUAAACGAAGAAUCGAAAGCAGAGACAAAGAAGCCGGGGAAGAAGCUCGAAUGGUGGGCUUCAUUAGAUAGGGAUGCAAUGAGGAAGGAGAGAAAGAAUAGGAAGCCACGGGAAUGGUGGAAGGAGGAGUUUUGCGACGAGCUAUCCAAGAAGAAAAAGAAGAAGAAAAGGGGGCUAAAAUCGGAUAACAAUGAGGGCGAAAUGUGGUGGCAGAGGGAUGAUGAUGGAGUGCCGGAGAAGAAGAGGCGGCGGAGUCGUGGCAGCCGUACCAGCAUUGACCGGUGGCUCGACGGUUUCAGCGGAGAGUUUCGUGCAGGGAGGAGGAACAGUCAAGAUUGGACUAAUGGUGACAUCCCAAAGAGUGGUGGGAUUAGUAGCACACCUAGUAUGAGGGGUACUGUGUGCUACAUUGCUCCCGAGUAUGGGGGCGGAGCGCAGGUCUCGGAUAAGUGCGACGUCUAUAGCUUCGGGGUGCUGGUGUUGGUGGUGGUGUCGGGGAGGAGGCCCUUGCAGGUCACGGCCUCGCCCAUGUCGGAGUUUGAGAGGGCUAAUCUGAUAUCAUGGGCGAGGCAGUUAGCCUUGAACGGGAAGCUCUUGGAUCUCGUGGAUUCGAGUAUACAGUCGUUGGACAGAGAAGAGGCGACGUUGUGCAUCACCAUUGCCCUUCUCUGCUUGCAACGGGCGCCUAAUAAGCGUCCGUCUAUGAAGGAGAUCGUGGAGAUGCUCUCUGGCAAGUCGGAGCCACCCCACUUGCCAUUCGAGUUCUCUCCAUCGCCACCUUCAAGUUUCCCUUUCAGGUCGAGGAAAAAGGGCCGGUGAAAUUGAGGUCGUUUAAGGCUAAUUAAUGCAUUAGAUCUCAUUUCUCAGCAGAGAAAUGUUUCAAGCUUUUUGAUAUUUACACUUUUACUUGUUCCUGUGCAGUUUCUUCUUACUUGAUUAAUAGGAAAAUGGGUUAAGACUUUUCA